AUGGCAAAAGAAAUUGAGGAAUAUUUUGUAAAGAGACUUUAAACCUAUCUAUUAGAAUAUCUCUAAGAUUUUUCACAAAAUAAUAUGGCAAAAUUUUCUUUAGGCAUUUCUUCUAAUAUUGUUUUGAAGAACUUAUAAAUUAAGAAAUAAGCAUUACUAAAUUUUUCAUUUCCAAUGUACAUAAUAGAUGGAAAAAUAAGUUAAAUUACAAUUAAUAUGCCUCUGAAUUACAAGGCCUAAUAGCCAGAAAUGAUUGUUGAAGGAAUAGACUUACAGGUAUGCACAAUAUAAGAAGCGAAUCUAUUUGUUUCAAAUAAAGACUAGCAAAGCUAAUAGGGAGUGGAGAAUUUGAAGCAACAUAAAUUAAAAAUUUGGGAGGAAUAAAUGGCGAAGUAUUUUGAAUAGCUUUCUCCUCCCAAUUGGAUUCAAAAAAUAGUAGAUGGAAUUUACAAUAACAUGUCUGUGUAAGUGAAAUCAUUUUAUUUACGAUUUUAUAAUUAUUCAAUUUUUGGUUGUGAAACAUAGUUAAAAAUAAGAGCUGACAUAUAUAUAAAAGCAACAGAUAAACAAUUUCAAUAGAAAUUUAAUGGCGAUGUGAACACAAUUUAUAAAUUAAUUGAAAUUAAAAAGUUAGGAAUUAUGUAUGUGAAGGCAUCUAAGAGAAAAGAAGAAUAGUAAUUAUUAAGUCCAAUAGAUAUUUCAAUUAAAUUAAUUAUCAAUAAGAAUUAAGAUGAGUAAGGUAAACCAUUCCAAAAUUUAACAAUUAAUAUAGAUACUCCUGUCAUAUUCUAAUUAAAUAAGGAAUCUAAAAAUUAUUUGCUAAAAUUAAAUGAAGUUUUAUAGAAUCUGGAAAUUGUUUAAGAUAAUUUUCAUUUUCGACCAAAAUGCGAAGUAAAGAAUAACUACGGAGAGUGGUGGAAAUACUUAAUCAAUGCAGUAAUGUAAAAUUAGAAGAAUCACAAAUUAGACUUAGGAUAUUCAUCAAGAAGAUUAGUGUUAAUGAAGAGAUAUAUAGAAUUAUAUAAAAGAAAGUAAACAAUAAUUUUAGUGCCUUGGUUGACAUGUUGGACAAUUUAGGAUGAGACAAAAUUCAAAAAAUGUGAAGAGUAAAUGUCAUUAAAAGAUUUAUUGAAAUAUAGAGAAUGGGCAUUUUAGGAGAUUAGAAUAGAGGCGAAGAGAUAUUAUAAUUCUUCUAAAGAGGGAUAAAAUAAGCAAAAUGCAAAGCCUAUGCUUGAAUUAUGGACAAAUACUAUUAAUGAUCAAUUUGUUUUGAAAGAAUAGAAAAAGAGAGAUGAUGAUGUACCAAUUGAAUUGGAAGAUGACGAGAAAAUUAAUUUGUAUGAAAUUCUUGAACGAGAUAAGACUUAAGUUCUUUCAAGUUAUUUAAAAGGUUAAAAUAAUGAUCCUGAUUAAAUUAAAACCCAGAUUUAUCUUAGUGUUCAUUCAAUCUUUUUAAUUAUUUUAGAAUGUCGUCCAGCUAAUGUUGCAUAAUAUUGUCCUAAAAAUACUAAAAUAUUUUCAUUUUGUCAAUGUAAAAAAUGUAUUCAACUAAUUAAAAAGCCAUAGAUGGAUAAAUAGAAAACAUCUUCUUUUAAUCAAAAUAAUUCAAUAUCUGAAGUUGUUAAACAAACCUAAAGAUAGAAUGAUGAUGGAUCAUUUCAUACUGCAAAAGAAAUUGAUAGUUUUUAUGAAGAAAUUGAAGAUUUAUAGAAGGAUGACUUCCAAUUUUCUUAAGAUUUAAGCUAGGAUUAGAGGAAUAACAAUUCUUAAUUAAAAUAGAAUUUUGAUUUCAAUCGAACCAACAAAUUAAUUUUAAUUGUUAGUUUAAUAGGAAUUAAGGUUCCCGUUUCUAUUUAUUAAAAUGGUAGAUUGAAAACAAAUGAAAAUGAGAAUUCCACAAUAGUAAUAGGUGAAAUUAAAAUAUUAGCAUCAGGCAUGGUUCCAAAAUUAAUGGAAUUUUAGAACAAAUAUAAUGAAAAUACUGAAAGUCAGUCACCUUUAUUUAAAAAGAAAGACAAUCCUUAGAAAUAAAAAGGCGAUGACAAUUUCGAUCAAAAAUAAUUUAGUUAUUCAAGAGUCAGAGUCAGCGAAUUUGUUAAUGAUGUUUUUGAAGUUUCAGUGACAAAGGAUUAAUCAUUUUUCUAAGGUAGUGACAUUUGCUUUGAAACAUUCUGUGAGUUCUUAAGUCAAAAUUAAAUGAAUAAUGUUUCAUGCUUUUUAAUAGAUUAUGAAAAUGAUAAACAUGGAUUUUAAGAUUUCGGAACUGAAUAGUUUAAGAAUUAUGAUAAAUACUUUGUCGUUAAUGAUAAGGAGGAAAAAGAUGAGGUUGAUGAAUCUAUGUUGUUGCAUGUAAUUAAGUAAUAAAAGAAUGAGAAUAAGUGGGCCUUCCUCAAAUAAGCUGCUUUGUAAAUUUAUGAUAGAUCAAGUUAAUAUGAAAAUGAUAAUUAAUGGAUAGGCUGUUUAAAUAAACAGAAAUUUUUAGAAGAAGUCCAUACCAAACUUAUAGAUAUCAUUAAAAAAUCAUUGUUUGCACCUUUUCUAGAAGAAUUUGGGGAUAAAGUUAUUCCAUUAUGUAUCAUAAAUCUGAAAGAUAAACUUACAUUCCCUGCUGAUUCUAAAAGUUAUAAUUUAUCUAUUUCAUUAUAUUUAGAAGGAGAUCAAUCGGAUUAUAAAAUAUCUCCUCAAAAUGAGAAAAGAAAAAAGGUUUCAUCGUAAUAAACCCUGGAUGAACAAUCUAAUGAAUAAAUUUCAAUUAUACUCCAGAAGUUUUCUAUAUUUAUUUCAUCAAAAAGUCUGAGCUCUUUGCUUGACUUUUCUUAAAGCAUGGAUAAGACUUCCUUGAGUUAAGGAUAAUUAUAUGUCACCUAAGAUCAUAAACUCUUGGAAUGUAUUUUAAAGUCUAAGCCAUUAGGAUAAGAAAAUACAAAACCUCCUGGUAUGAAAUUCUCUAUUUAAUUUGUUGAUAAACUUAAAAUUAGAAUUGUAUCUGAUCAGAUAUCUAACAUUAUUAAAACGGAAUUAAAGUUUUAAAUUAAAAAUUUUAGAUAUUCAACUGUGAAAAUUGAUGAUUUAUUUUAAAAUAUUGUAAAUAAAUCUGGAUAAACUUUAUUAACAAUAGAAUAAUUCAAAAUUGCGCAUAAAUAUUUUUCAUAAGACUAUAAAAACAAAAAUGAAGAAUUAAGAAAUUAUGAGAAAGAAUAGCAAACUGAUGACAAAAAGUCUGGGUUAUCCUCAGGUAAAUUCCCUUUUUCCAAAUAAACAUCACAAUAAUAAUCUCAAUCUGCUGAUUAAAAGAGCCAACAAAAAGGUUAAAAAAAUCAAUAAUAAUAACCAAAAUCAAGAGAUCCUAUGUUCCAUAUCAAAGGAAUCAAAUAAACCAUUUUGAAAACGUAAAUAGUAGCACUUAAAUUUUAAGCCAAUAUUGAAAAUCACGCCUUAUUGACAGAUUCUAAAUUAUAUGUUUAAAUUCCAUUCUUAAAUUUGAGGAUAAAUGAUUCCUGCAUUAGUUUCAUUGAAUUACUUUUGAUCUUAAAAAAUAAUAUCAAAGUUAAAUAAACACCUUAAUAAAAACAUAAAAUAGGGUAAGAUAGUCUUUUAAAGGCUGAGUUAGAUACUUUAUUUCAUGAUCACAAGGAGUAAAGUUCAGAUUGUAAGCAUUGUAUCUUAAAAUAUAGAAAAACAGUAGAAUUAACAAAUAUUUUAUUUGGAGUCAUAUCAGAAAUUACCAAAAGUGCAGAUGUUCCUUGCUGGUUCCAUAUUCUACAUAAUGAAUGUCAAAAACUUGGAAAUAGUUCAAAUUUAUCAGUCAGACAUAAAAAAGAAUAAGGAAUUAAAAUUACAUUCUAGAGUACAUAGAAAGCAUCCAAUCAUGGAUAAUAUAAAUCUAUCUUAGCUUUCCCAAUACUCGUUAUCACUAGAGAUAUAGGAUACUUCAAGGAUAAUAUUAUGAUUCAUUGUUCAGCUUCUAAAUUUAAGGAAUCAGGUAUAAGUACUAGCAAAUCAAGAUUUGAUUAAGAAAAUGAAAUUAAUUAAUUUGAAAAAUAAAAUUAAAAAGAUAUUUCUUCUUAAAAAGGGUAAUCUGCUUAAAAAAAAGAAGCCAAUUAAGCAAGUACAUAAGAAAAGUAAAUGAAAGAAACUAAUUAUGUUUUGGUUUAGCCUGCUCUUAAAGUAAAAGAACCACUUUUAUUUUGGUAAAAGUUGGAUGAUAAAUUUAUAUUCUACUGUAGAAGCAACGAAAAGGAUAUGUUUAGAUUAGAUUAUUCAAAAGAAUAUGAAGAUAAAUCAUUAGAAAUUAAUAGUUUAAUCCAAGAUGAUGAUUAAAUGAGACUAAAUGACCCAAAUCUUUAUAUAUUACUCUAUUAUAAUAAACCACUCAGGACAGAACUAAUCUAAAAUAAAGAGAAUUUCUAAAGAAAUGAAAAGAAUUCAAAAAAAAAAAUAUUUUUUUCUUUGUAAAUGAUCAAAGCUAUAUUUCAAAAUCAACAUGCCGCUUGCAAUGUUUUAACUACUUUCUAAAAUAUUAACAAAAUUUAAUCAAUUUUAAAGAAAGUAUAGGAUAUUGUCAAUUAUGGUUAUAAAUUAGAUGAAAAUGUAGAGAAGCAAUAAUUAUAAGAUAGUCCUAUUAAAUUAUUAGAUGAAAUGAUUGUCUCAGCUAAUAUUUCAAAUAUAUAUUUAAAGUCUAAUGAAUCAUUCUUUAAAUUAUCGUAAUUCAAAGUCAUAUUGAAUCUAGAAUAUAUGAGUCAAAUUUCCAACAAUGCAAAAUCAAGUUUUCAUAAGAAGAAUUCAUCAAGCAUAGUGAAUUAAGAAGUAUUCUCAAAGGUUAAAAGUAAUAUCACUUAAGUUUUCCCUACUGAUGAUCUAAUAAUAGUAAAGUGUCAUUCAAUUAUAUUGAAUUUUAAUAUGGUUUCAAUAAUAGAUGUUAAAUUGAUUCAUGUUUAAAAGUUUUCAGAUGCAUUAUAAUUAUAAGUUGAAGAAAUUAAAAUAAGUAUUACAAACAAUUUAAGUAAAUAAAAAGAGAAUUUAUUAACUAUGCCUAAAAGAGAUAGACUAACAUAAACUAAAACAGGAAUUCAGCAAGAGACAAAGAAAUUUGAAAAACCUUUGGCGAUUUGUAUUAAGUUAGAAUUUUAGAAUCUAAAUCCAAAAAUUAACAUCUCUGUUCAUUAAGGUUAAAUUUAAUUGUCUUAGUAGAGGGUUUCUGAUUUAUUAAUAGGAUUGAACAGUUUUUAUCUUUUAAAUAUAGAAGAGUCAAUUAAUUUAAGGCAACAUCUAUUAAAAUACAUAUUCCUAUAAGAAUUAGAAAUUAUGGGAAAUGAUCAACCAAAAGACAAACUGUAGAGGUAAUAGAAGUUGAGUUUUAUUUUGGAAUUGAAGAUAGAAGAAUUUUAAGUUGUGCUAUAAGAAAAAGAUAAGGAGUUUUUCUUUUUUGAGUUUCAUCAAAUUUCAAUGAAGAAAAAAUUAAUUAAGAAUUAGAAAUUGAAACCAUAACCUUCUUAAGGAGAGAAUGUUCAUUAUCCUAAUUUAAUUAAAUAGAAUGGACAUUAAGCAAUGAAAAUUUUAUUAGAAAAUAAUAUUAUCCAUUUAGAGAAUGUGCAAUUUUUUAUGAUUUCCAGAUUCUUAAAUGAAUUAGAUGCAUUUAAAUCAGAGGUUGAAAAAAUAAUAUAAAAAAAUAAGGAUGAAUUAUUAGAAAAGUAUCAAAGUGAUUUUGAAUUCUAAAUGCAAUUAAAAUAAUAGGAAAAUUUUGAGCUCAAUAAAGAAUAGUUCAAUUAUUAAGUUCUAAUAAAGAAUUCUUAAAUAAUUGUUCCAUAAUCUUCUUCUGAUAAGAAUUAGGUGAAGAUUUUAUUUGAUUAUGCAGAUGUAAAGGUUAAAAAGGAAAAGAAAUUAUCUAAGAUUCCAGAAAUACAGGACGAUAAAAUUGAAGUCUUGUAAUAACAGAAAUUAUUAGUGGAUUAUGAGGAUAAAUAUACGAAGAUUUCUGAAAAAUAAUUAGAAUUUUAAGAGAUUUAUAUCACUGAAAUAAAAGCAAAUUUCAGAAUGGUUGAAGUCGAUUACGAAAUGUAUUGUGAUUAAGAUGAUUAAAAUUCAAUUAAGGGCAAUUUAUUAGAUGCAGAUAGUGUUGAAGUCGAAAUGAAUUUACCAAGCUUUGAACAAUUUCUAGGGAUAAGUGGAUGGAAAUAUAAAGAUAGCUGCAUUAUUAAACCUAAAAACUUAAAAAUGAAAUUGGAUUUGGGCAAACUGAUGAAAGUUUAGAGCUAUAUUGAUCAAAACUUAUCUGAAAAGUCAAGUCUUUUUGAAUUUCAUAAAUCUUCUCUUUAAAAAAUUAACUUUGAUCUUGAUUUAUUUUCAACAGAAGCAUCUUUGACUAGAUAUGGAUAGGUGGAAUAAGAUAAAUUGGAGAAACAUAAAAAUGCUAAAUUAUAUGAAACUUAAAAACACAGGUAGAGUAAGUAGUUUAAUACUCAUAAUCAGACAAAAUAAAUGAAGAAAUAAAAUUAUGAUUCUUGA